AUGGUAGUGGAAACAAAACCAGACCCGAGCGUACGGCGCGUAGCGUUCCGCGCGCCUCAAAGAGCUAAUAGACCACCACUGACGGGGCCCUAUAGGGCUGAUGUUCAGCCGGGGUUGAGGGGUAAGCGCAAUGAGGCACCGCGACCUCGGCCCAGAGCAGGAGAAGGAGCAGGGGGGUUUUUAGUCGGCAAACUAGCAGACGGAUUACCUGAUGGUAAGCAAUCGGCGCCGCCCAUGGACAACCGCAACACUAAAGAUGUUACAAACCACGAAUGCAAAGAGAAAUGUCGCAACACUCAGAGACAAACAAAAAGGUCAAAUGCUAUUACACCAUUUAACGUGUACACAAUUGUUGCUAAAAUUUACUUCAUCAGUCAAGAGGUUCGGGACUGCCCGACUCGAACCAGUGUUCCGCGCGCGCCUCAAAGAGCCAAUAGACCACCACAGACGGGGCCCUAUAGGGCUGAUGUUCAGCCGGGGUUGCGGGAUGCCCCGACAAUGAGUAGUCCCCCGAUAGAGGAUACUGGCCCCCCCAGUCCGGAGCCAGUUACCCGACCCCCAAGCCAACCAUCCGAUAGUCCCUGGCCACUAUAUGAAGACGAUGAAGAUGCAGCAUUCGUACCACAAAACAAUGCAAGAGAUUUCAAUGCCAUAAUUACAAGAGCUCGUCACAAUGUACAACACACUGUAGAGCCGAGUGAGGAUAGCAACACAGCUUCCUCAGUCAGCGAGGAGUCCAACCACUCCUUACCAGCUAUAGCAUGGAACAACAAUGAUCAAGUUGAACCAGAGGAACCGCCAGCUAAAGUAAGGAAAGUACACAGUCCACAAGAAGAAAUUGAUGGGGAAACUUGUCCCAUCUGCUUAGACAUAUGGGGUAACUCCGGUGCACACAGACUAGUUGCUUUGAAAUGUGGACAUUUGUUUGGUUCCGAGUGUGUAGAAAGAUGGCUCAAGGCACAGCCUGCGAAAGACAAAACCUGUCCAACGUGCAAAAGUAAAGCGUCGCUCAAAGAUCUAAGGUUCAUUUACGCAAGGAAGCUCAUAGCCGCCGACACUACGGAGAUCACUAGCUUGCAGAAACAAGUAGAGAUACUCCAGACAGAGAAGAACAGGACAGAAUUAGAACUACAGAAGACGAAAAUAGCUCAUCGCGCUUGUGCAGCGGAACUGGAGACUUUAAAGAACUCAUUGUUAAAAUCUCAGACGAUGAAGGAACUUAUCAGUAAGCGCACUUGGCGAUAUGCUUUGGAGAAGAAUUUGGAGGUAUGCAAGGACGGUGGCUGUAGAGUUCUUACGUAUAACUGUCGGACUUACGAGCUGUACGUGUCACAGAAGAGUGUCAACUACCUCUUCCCUGGAUAUGGGAUUAGAAAAGUCAACUGUAUAGACUAUUCUUUAGGCCAAUUCGUGCAUUUGCAUCCGAAACCUAUCAGAGAUAUGGCGUAUUCUCAGCCUAGGGACUUACUUCUAAGUGUAGGGUUAGAUAGUACCGCGCGGAUUGUUGACAGAGGUAUUCUUAGUGCGACAGUGAACACAGGCUUCCCAUUGUGGUCGUGUGCUUGGGACUGUUCUAACACUAGCGAGUUUUACGUGGGAGGUGUGGGCGGGAUCGUGAAUGUAUACGAUUUCAGAAACCUGUCUGCCUGUCUCGGUACCAUCGCCUGCAAUAGAGACAUGUCUCCCGUAGUUUCUCUGUGCUCCACUCCCUACGGCUUAUUGUCCUGCCAACUGAACAAGUGCUGGCUCUGUGUACCACAAGACGGUAUUUGGAAGCAGAAACCGAUGCCCGUGGAAGGGUCUUUCAUGUCUAUGAGUUAUGAUAGCGAAACUCAAAGGGCUUUAGUAUCGGUCCGACCUAGUGCAUCAGGGUCUGAGCGAUCUAAGCUAGUAGUUUGCAAAUUUUCCGAAGGUCUAACUGAUAAGGUCAUGAUAGAUGUAGAGGAGACGUUUAGUGGAUCUGCAAGAGCGUCUCUGAUGUCGAGGUCGACUUUCUGCAAAGCCCCAGGAGCUUCAUGGGUGGCGGCCCAUUCUGAGAGCGAUUCUGCACUGUUUUUGCAUGGGCUGGACGGAGCGAGGACCAUGUCACUGCCAGCUGCGGAACCAGCACUAGACGUAUGCUCAUUAUACCUGAAUGGAAACAGCAUUCUAGCAGCUUUAUCAGAAUCUAGGUUAAGAAUGUAUAGAGCUGUCCAGACCAGUGUUUAAAAGACUGAUCAGUGAAUCUUGGACCUUUUUAAAGUGCGUGAUCUUUGUGUAUCUAUAUUGGAAGACGCUGGUCGUAUUGAUGG